UCUUUCCUUUCCUUUUCAUUGUCACAUCACUCUCUCGAUCGGAAAAAAAAGAAAAGAAAAAUGGGAUCUGUACCACAUUCAACAUCCGCAUACGAUCUCUCAUUCUAUACCAAUUCCUCCUCCGAAGAAUCAUCAGUAAACCCAAAAGAUUUACGACUUUUCUUCGAAUCACAACAAAAAUACCUAAACUACUUUUUCCAAAAUCUGGAUUUAUCACAAACCUUAACAUUUACACAAACUUUGUUAAGUUCUAAAGGAACCAUCUUCUUCAGCGGUGUUGGUAAAUCAGGAUUUGUAUCACAAAAGAUCUCACAAACCUUAGUUUCAUUGGGUGUUAGAUCUAGUUUCUUAUCACCAACAGAUGCAUUACAUGGAGAUAUUGGUAUAUUAUCAAGAUCUGAUAUUCUUGUGUUAUUUAGUAAGUCUGGUAAUACUGAAGAAUUAAUGAAAUUAGUACCUUGUGCCAAAGCUAAAGGAGCCUAUUUAAUUUCUGUUACUAGUUAUCAAGGAAAUUUGUUAUCUGCUGUUUGUGAUUUUAAUGUACAUUUACCUUUGGAGAGGGAGAUAUGUCCUUUUGAUUUAGCUCCUGUUACCAGUACGGCCAUUCAGAUGGUAUUUGGUGAUACGGUUGCGAUUGCCUUGAUGAGUGCAAAGAAUUUGUCUAGAGAUGAAUAUGCUGCUAAUCAUCCUGCUGGAAGGAUUGGG